UCAUAAAAAAUAUUUCAUAAUGGGAUUUUUUUUUUUUUAUCACACUCGUAUUUAUUAUCUCUACAAUGUACUGGAUAAGAUAUCUUUUUUUUAUACUUUUAUUGGACUUAACUACAUAUCAGAUUCAUUUCAUAUCUCAUUCUGCUAAGGGAUGGAGGUAAAACAUAGGUGAGUGGUGUCUUGCGCCUCAACCUCGCCUCCAGCUGGGCUGAGGCUACUUCCUGUCCCUUUGGCUGUUCAAGGGCCAUUUCCUGUAUCUACAGCAAAGUGAGGCCAGCAAGAGACACAUUCUGAAGUUCAAUAUGGUCAACCGUACCUCAGGUUAAAUCGGAAGAGCUCCUUCCCACAUCCUGUCUCUAGCAAAGUGAAAAUAAACAGCCUUCCAUCACAUGCCAAUCGUUACACAUAACUUUUCAAUUAAAGAGUCCGUGKAACUUCAGCUGUCUCAUUACUGAAAUGAAGAUCAUCGUCUGGUGAAAGUAUAUUGAGCCACUUUAAAAGACUAAGGAGUAAGAAAAUYUCAAGCUGUUAGAACUAAAAGGAGCAAAUAGGGAGAGAGCAGAAGAGAAGGUACGAGAGCAGGGUGUCGAUUCAAGCUACAGCGAGACUACAGAGUCACCCUUCAGGCAUUUUCCAUUUCUGRGUAUUUACAGGGGUGAAUCUGACGUACACAGUUUGAAAUAAGUCCAGMGAAAAUAGUUCCAUUGAUGCUCAGAGCAUUUUCCACUGUGAAAAUAAGUCAAUUGAACUGCUCCACAGACUUAAUAAAAAACAAAAACAAAGCCAUUGCGUUUCACUGAAACACAUUAGGAAAAUAAGGAACUUGCGUCGAGAGGCAAAGGGUACAUGUGUCUUUGUACAAGAGAAGAUUGAUGAAUUGAAAAGAUUUAGCGUUUUGGAUUUAGUUUCUUGGAAAAGUAAACCCCAUUACUUCCKAAAAAGAAAAGUGUAAUUCAUAUGAAAAACACAGACACCUUCUCAGACAAACUCAAACAAGGGACAUGUGUCUUGUGGGUUUCUAUAGUCAUAAAAAAACAAGUGUGGGAGGAAAAGAUUUAGAUCACGUGGCCACCAAGUCAUUUUCAGAAUAUGCUGGCUGGGUGUAGCCAAUAAAAAUACAACAACCUCUCCACUGAAACMUGAUGACUUGCUACGCUCGCCUAUAUCAACGCAACAUGCAUCAAUCUCAGAGAAUGAGACUUUAGAUCGCCUUGGCAGACAGAGUUAGUGAAAAUAAACAGAAGACGCCAGCCGAAAGUGAAAAUGGCAAAUCAAACAGACUUUCUGCCCCAGACUGAGAUGAGCACCGACAUGCAACCCUUCAACAUCACCUCAACAUCCAGCCCCUUCAACACCUCAGACUUCAUUGCGAAAAUCGCAGCCAACGACCUGACAUCCAGGGCCAACUACGUCUACGCGCUUUGUGCUGUGCUGGGCUUGGCCUCAGCAUGCAUUCUACUCUACGCCUUAAUUCGGUCCUACAGAGCCCAAAGACAACUGGCCUGGCUGGACUCCCUGCUCUGGGCCUUUUCCAGCUCCCAGCUCCUUCUCUUGCUCCUCUCCCUCUCUUCCGUAGCACACCGGCCCAGCUACCUGGUGACCACACACAUCGGCUGUGCUGCACUCGCCUUCACCGUCAACAUGGCAUCCCUCUGCGGGCUGUUGCUCCUGGUGCUCAUGGGAUACGCCCUGACCUUUGACACCCCAACUCACGCUCUGCUGAAGAGGCCUGGGGUCUGUGUGGCUCUGGUGGUUCUGGUUUCUAUCCUGUGCUCCUUGGUGCUGGCCAGACUCCGAGACCCCCCCAAGGAACUGCAUUUGGAGGGCAUAUGUAUUAUAGACCCAACUGAGGCAGGAAGGUCUUAUGCCAUGGCGAAGCUUUGUCUAGGGUUCCUAAUUCCCUACCUCCUCCUGCUGGGGCUCCUGACAGGCGGCUGCGUCCGCCAAUGGAAAUCCAGCAGCCGGUUCCUCUCCGGAUCAGAGGAAGGUCCGGUGUUCCUGGCAGUGGCUGUGGUGAUAUUUGUGUGUCAGCUAUUCCAUGGCAUUGUGCUGGUAAGGGGGGCAGGGAUGCAGCAGGCUGGUGUUCUCAGCUAUCACGAGAGGGCGUUCAUGCAUGUGUCCGAGUUUGUGAUGUUCUCUGGGAGUUGUGUGUGUCUAGUGUUAGUGCUCCUGCUGCAUAAACCGUGCAGGGAGAGCCUUCUGGAGGUGACCAGGCAGCUCCGCGACUGCUGCCGGGGCCUGGGGGGCCGACAGACCCACAGACACAUCAUGGACCCCCAUAUUGAGAUUGCUGACACUCAGGACUWUAACCCUUAGGUCAAUAACCAUCUCAGGCAUUCUGGAUUCAGGAAAAUUAUGCCUUUUUUAAGACUGCCAAAUCUAUCCGUAUAAACGUUGAUUCAUAUACAUUAGAAGCUGACAGCAGAUAACUUAAAAAASCAAGGUUACAUUCUGGAAGUUUAGUUGCUGAUCGUUUACAUUUAAUUUUGGCUUGAAUUUGAAGKCUGUAAAUAGUGUUACUCAGACAGMUUUGUUUUCCAAUGUACUUUUUUAAUGUAAUGAUCAUAAUCUUAUUUCAUGCAUGAACAGCGUACUGUUACUUUACCAACUGACUUUUGUUUCUGAAAACUGUUUUUCUGCUAAAUCGUACGAUGUCUGUACAUUUAAUUGGUGACUUUUGCAAUAUGAUGAUAAUGAAUUUGCAAACGAAUUAGAGUACAACGAAGUUGUGCAAUGACAAAUAAACCAUGAACAAUCAUUG